UCAAAGUCAGCCUCAGUCCCCGGGUCCUCGCUGCGACUUGCCUUGAAAUGCGAUGCUGCCGCUUUUCAGUAAAGCAGCCCUUUUCUGCAGGACUGCAAUAGGAGCUCGCCUGGCGAUGUGUCCCGGUGCGCAAAGCAAGGCAAGGAGCCGGCCUGUAAUGCAACAUCAAGCAGCCCUUUUCUCCCCCUCUCCCUCCUUCCUUCAGCAGCUCGCCAAAAUCGGUCCCGCUUAAUGAUUUUGUGAGAGCUAUACCGCCCCUGAUCAGAAGAGCAAGGGGGGAGACGCGGCUCGUUUCGUGUCGUCGCGCUAUCAGAGGGGGGAGGAAAGAGAAGAGAGGAAAAAAAAGAGAGGAGGCAGCCGGCGAGCGUUUGCCCUUGAAACUGCACCAAAACUCUUUGAAGAAGCCAGGAACCGGCGCUUCUCUGCAGAAUGUCAAGCAAGGACCGCCACAUUGAGUCCAGUUGCCCCUCCUACAUCAAGACCGAGCCCUCAAGCCCCGCCUCCCUCACCGACAGCAUCAACCACCACAGCCCCGGCGGCUCGUCGGAUGCCAGCGGCAGCUACAGCUCCACCAUGAACGGGCACCAGAACGGGCUGGACUCUCCCACGCUGUACGGGCCCACGGGCAGCUUGGGCCCCAACGGCACCGCCGGCAAGCGCUAUGAGGACUGCUCCAGCACCAUAGCCGAGGACUCGCAGAUCAAGUGCGAGUACAUGCUCAACUCCAUGCCCAAGAGGCUGUGCCUGGUGUGCGGCGACAUCGCGUCCGGCUAUCACUACGGCGUGGCCUCCUGCGAGGCCUGCAAGGCCUUCUUCAAGAGGACCAUCCAAGGAAACAUCGAGUACAGCUGCCCGGCGACCAACGAGUGCGAGAUCACCAAACGCCGGCGAAAGUCCUGCCAGGCCUGCCGCUUCAUGAAGUGUCUGACUGUGGGCAUGAUGCGGGAAGGUGUGCGGCUGGACAGAGUACGUGGAGGCCGGCAGAAGUACAAGCGCCGGAUAGACGCCGAAAACAGCCCCUACCUGAAUCCUCAGUUGGCCCUCCCACCUAAAAAGCCAUUCCCCUUUGGCUGCCUUGCAGAUAACAAGAUUGUGUCCCACUUGCUGGUGGCCGAGCCAGAGAAGAUCUACGCCAUGCCCGACCCCACCAUCCCCGACAGCGACAUCAAGGCCCUCACCACGCUCUGCGACCUGGCCGACCGGGAGCUGGUGGUCAACAUCGGCUGGGCCAAACAUAUCCCAGGUUUCUCCACGCUAUCCCUGGCAGACCAGAUGAGCUUGUUGCAAAGUGCAUGGAUGGAGAUCCUAAUCCUGCGUGUGGUAUACCGCUCUCUGUCCUUUGAGGACAAGCUGGUCUAUGCCGAAGACUAUAUAAUGGAUGAAGAUCAGUCCAAAUUGGCCGGCCUGCUCGACCUCAACAAUGCCAUCCUGCAGCUGGUAAAGAAAUACAAGGGGAUGAAGCUGGAGAAGGAAGAGUUUGUCACCCUCAAAGCUAUAGCGCUUGCUAAUUCAGACUCCAUGCACAUAGAGGAUGUGGAGGCAGUGCAGAAGCUGCAGGACGUGCUGCAUGAGGCCCUGCAGGACUACGAGGCAGGGCAGCACGCGGAGGACCCGCGGCGGGCCGGCAAGCUGCUCAUGACGCUGCCCCUGCUGCGGCAGACCGCCACCAAGGCCGUGCAGCACUUCUACAGCAUCAAGCAGGAUGGCAAGGUGCCCAUGCACAAACUCUUCCUGGAGCUGCUGGAGGCCAAGGUUUGACUCCAGCCCCCUGGUUCGCUCCCCCUCCCCCCGCCCCUACUCCUCCACCCCUUUACCCAUUCCUCCCCACACUGGAGGGUCCGGCUUCUGACUCCACCUCCUCGUCCAGCGGGGAGAUACAAACACUCGUGCACCAACAGCGGAAUCUUGUCUUUAGACUGUAACUUAACGACAAGACAUAUAAGAGUAACGCUACUCAUAACUGUCAGAGGCGGCGAUACUUGUUGACAGUGUGAUUAAAAACAAAAGAAAACCCUGAAAUAACUGCAGCAGGCACCUAGCAGUGAGACUAAACCAGCUUUCAAGACGUUCCUCUGAGUACCCAGUGCGCUUUUCGUCGCAGUCGGGAUGGUUUCGUUUAUUUAUUCUUUUUCCACCGAACCCAAUGCCGAGGACGUGCAAAAGGAGCCCAGCCCCGCCUAUGGAGGGUAGUCAGUCCAGUGGAUGCCAACGAACAUCAUUAUCGCCCCCCCUAAUGUCCCCUCAUAACAAAGGAAUCAAAGCAAUCAUUCACUCCUUGCUGCGGAGUCUCGCCACGGCGCAUUGACUGAGUGCAGUAUUAGAUUUUGCAGGGGCAGUUUGUCGACGUGUUGCCUAAGAGCAGCUUCCAGGAUCCUCUGUCCUAUUGCAUCUGGAUCGGUUACAGUCAUUCGAUUCCCUAAUUGUUUUCUUUUGGGUCAUUCAAAUUCUUCUUAUUCGUUGUUUUUUUAAUUUUCCUUAUUUUAUUAUGAUAUUUUUCAGGGAAUACUUAAAGCUUUAGUCACUCAUGCAAUGUAGGAGGGAUACUGCAUUUAAAAAAAAAAUAAUUUAUUGGUUAUUGGCUUUUCUUUUAUUGUUUUUAUUGUGUUAAUGGAUUAAGGCAAACGAAGUAACGAAGGACAGUAUAAAAAUGACGUAUGUAUACAACACUGAAGACACUUACUAAAUUAUUUUUGUCCAUAAUUGAGUUUCUUUUGUAAGAAAGGAAAAAAUCUGCUUUUGCCAAUUUUCUAGAACCUUUUAUCGAGCAAUAGUGGUUACGAAGGGAAGGUGCAUAUUAAGAUAUAUGCAAUUUAUGUUUGUGCCAGUCUUAGUCAAGGAUGAUUUUCUUUUCUACAACAAGUUUCAACUUCCUUGUUUCCCGUGAUUGCCGUCUGCUAUUAGAUUACACCCAUGGUACCAGCCUCUGAAGAUCUGAAGUCUUGACCACCAGCACUGACCAGUAACACUUAUGUUUGUGUGGUACAGGUCCUAAGUCUACCCGAAAAUAUAAUCUUUUAGCAAACAACCGUGAAUUCAGUCCUAUAGCAAUAUAUUAUACGAUACAGUUAACAUAACCAAAGUUGAAAUCUAGCCGCGUUUCUUAGAAAUAAGAAACAGUUUUAAUCAUAGUAACACAUGAUGUAAUCUAAUUAGGAAGGCGACUCACAGUGAAUGGGAAGUCAGAUAAUAGGGACAGUUACUCUUCAUCACUUUCUAUAACAGAUAUAUCAAUAAUAAGCAGUUUAUGUAUUUUCUGAACCUUCUGGAACAUUGUAUAUUGUAAAUGAACAGAUUAUAAAUCUAACCUAAGGCAUUUUAUUGGACUGAAAUGGGGGAGAAAAUUUUAAAAAGUAGUUCAGUAUCAAAAUGUUUCACUCUUGUUGUGCUUUUCCUAACCUUUCCUUUUUACUCUUCCUUUCCUGUUUGUUCCCUUUACGUUUGGAGAUGUCGUGUGCUUUGCGUGGUGAUUCCAGGUCUUGUGCUGUAUGCUUUUUUUUUAGACACAGGGUAGACUUAGAGACAAUACUGGAUGUAAAAAUCCUCAGGAGAUUUCAGCAGCAUACGCUUGGAUACCUAUUUGGUAAUAAGGCUCUUCCUAGUAACUGCUAGAUCCAAAACAAUAUCUCUAUACCCUCUUAUACAGAUGCAUAAGCAGCCGUUUUAAAAAGACGGAUAAAAUAAACGUAUAUAAAAAGGGUUAAUUUGUGUAACUAUUUCUUGUAGAAUAACAAUGUAUAUCUUAGGGUUAAAGACGAAAGAAAAAGCAGAAUUUGAUUAUUCAGAACAUAAGCUUAUGUAUCUUUUUUAUUUUCAUUUGUUUUUUUGUUUGUUUUUGCGAGAUGCUGUAUAUAAUGCCGUCCAUGCUUAUCUGCCCAGUUGUUAUAUUAUCUUAACUCUUCAAGGUUGCUAAGGGAAAAAAAAAAAUGUUGUUUUGGUGCAAACCGGUUUCCAGAAAUAUCGCGUUAACUUUGUGUGCUUAUUAAAAACUAUUACAUUUAAAAAACCUCAAAACCUAAAGAGAAUAAAUAAUUUUUUUAAGGAAAAAAAAAAUAAAUGGGGGACUGUGGGCUUUUCUUUUCCUUCAGUCUUGUUAUAUAAAUACCGUGUAUCUAUCAUUAGCUAAACAAACCUAUAUAAUAGAUUGUGGUUUUGAGAGAUAACUGUUCUGUGAUUCUAGACUUAAUAAUCAUCCAUAGCAACUCAUGGGAUGGUCAAUGACUUAAAGGAUAUUUCUGUUGAUAAGACGUUGGCAUUACCAUUGUAUACAUACACAACUGCUGGGGGCAGGGUGCCGUUUUCUUUUGGGGAUUUUAUUUUCCAGUUGUUUCUUGUUUAUCUUAUUGUGUAAUAGCUAUAUAUACAGGACACAAAGGGGGUGAAAGAUAUGAAAACAGUCUCUCAAAGGCGAUUUAAGCUGAGCUGGUUUUUCAUCAUUGUCGUUUGAAAGACAAAACAUAACCAUUGAUGGCUUGAUUCGUCUGCGUGUCAAGUUUAAACAAAGUAAAAAAUGGGGACAAAAAAAGUCUCACAGGGCACAGAAAAGCAUCGUGACCUUUUGUCUGCAAGCGAAAAUGUUAACUAGGCCUACGUGAAGUACAGCUGUAUUCAUAAGGGACAGGCGAACACCAGGACUGCAGCAGAUAAUUUAUUUACAUGACACCCAAAAUUGUUAUUUUAAUUUUUUUUUAAACCUUACGCAUUGCUGAAUGAUGGGCAAUGCUUUCGGCUUAAAUCAUGCGGAGAAUGUUUUGUUGUGUGUCUUUCAACACCUUACGCAAAUGUUUAUUAUAGGAAGGGUGUGUUGCUUUGCUCAGACCUUUUCCUGUGUGUUUUCUUAUUUAAAGCAAUAUGACUGUGCAGCUAGUCAAUGUUGCACUUUGUGUUCAAAUUAGAUCAAAAAUGCUGUAUUUAUUGGACUAUUUUGCAUUCAAACGAUAAUAAGAUAAUACGACAAAAAUGUACAAACAACUGCUAUUUUUUAUUAGGGGAAAGGUAACCCUCGUUUGUUGUAUCAUUUACUCACCGGUGUAAAUCUGCCUAGCAACUGAAAAUGACGCGCGGCUUAAAUACAACAAGGGGGAGAGUAAAGAGGAAUGUGAAAGAAAGGGAAAGAAAGUAAAAAAAAAAAAUCAAAAGGUUAUAAAAAGUUAAAAAUAAAAAUAAUAAAAAAUAAUAUCUUCAGUCCAGGAGUUGCUGAAACAAAGUGUAGUGAGAAUCAUGUCAGUAGUUCUAGAUGUGCUUCACAUCUGUAAAACAAUUAACUGUAUAUUUUUGUGAUGUGUAUCAUAAAGUGUGCUCCAACGAUAUAUGUCCAUUUGUGUAAAUGUAUUUAUUUUACAUUGUAUAUAUUGUUCAAUGCAAAAAGAGAGACCUAUGAUUCUGUAACUACGAUCACUUGUGUAACUCCAAUUAUGCCUUUCAGGAUGACAGUAGAGCAAUAUUAAACACGCUUCCAGUUUUGA